AAGGACCUUCCCCUAGAGCCGACAGAGAAAGCCUUCCUCUGAAGCUGAAUCCCUGAGUUUGGACUUGUAGCUUCCCAUAUUGUGAUAGAAUUCAUUCCUGUUUGUUAAAGCCUUGCAUCUGUGGUAUUUCUCUUAUAGCAGCACUAGAUAACUAAGACACAGCUUCCAUUGUUAGCAAAAUUUGAAUGUUAUGUAGAAAAUGCAGUUAGUGAAUUUUAUAUUUUUUUAUACCUUUUAAUGUUAUAUUAAAGUAUAAGUUUGUUUUGUUUUAAUAUGGUAAUUUUCCUGCUGUUUUCCUUUUGAUUCAAAGGUCUUAUUCAUACUUCAUUGAAGUGUCCAUGGAUGAACUUGACUGGAUCAGAGUGAUCGAUCAUUCACAAUAUCUGUGUCGUUCUUGGCAAAAAUUGUAUUUUCCAGCCCGUGUCUGCAGGUAUAUCCGAAUAGUUGGGACUCACAACACAGUGAACAAGAUUUUCCACAUUGUGGCUUUUGAAUGUAUGUUUACAAACAAAACCUUCACUCUCGAGAAGGGGCUGAUUGUUCCCACGGAGAAUGUUGCAACAAUUUCUGAUUGUGCCAGCGUUAUUGAAGGUGUCAGUCGGAGCAGAAAUGCCUUGCUAAAUGGAGACACCAAAAAUUAUGAUUGGGAUUCUGGCUACACGUGUCAUCAGCUAGGCAGCGGUGCGAUUAUGGUUCAGCUGGCACAGCCAUACAUGAUCGGGUCAAUACGGUUAUUACUUUGGGACUGUGAUGAUCGAAGCUAUAGCUACUACGUUGAGGUUUCUACCAACCAGCAACAGUGGACCAUGGUGGCUGAUAGAACUAAAGUCUCCUGCAAGUCCUGGCAGUCAGUAACUUUUGAAAGACAGCCUGCCACCUUCAUCCGAAUUGUUGGAACACACAACACAGCAAAUGAGGUGUUCCACUGUGUCCACUUUGAGUGUCCAGAGCAGCAGAGUGGCCAGAAGGAGGAAAACGGCGAGGACCCAGGGACAGGGGACACCAGCCUGGCAGGCCCUCGGAGCCCAAUGGCUGACAAGGUUGGGAGACAGCAGAGCUGAGUGGAAGAGUUGAUGAGGAGCCUUGCUGGCCCACAGCUAGGAGGGUCCCCAGGAGCCCGAAGGGUCCUCGCCAGCAGAAGGUGGAGGCCAACCUGGUGGAAACUGUUGGCGGGGGCAGAGGCAGCUGAGGGGCAUACUUCCCCCCGGGACAGCCCCAAGGUGCCACGCCAGUGAGGGCACAGCCCGAGGUGUGAUGGUGUCCAGACUGAAGUGAGAAAAGGCCCGUCCUCAUCAGAGAGAGACUGGUGGGUGCUCCUACCCUCUGGCCCUUUACCACGACGCUUGUCAAAAUGUGAAAGGGGAGCACCUUUGUAACCUCCACCCAGGUCAAGAAAUAGAACCUUGCCAGAACCCCUGCCCUUCAUUGUAGAUUAUUGUUUGGGGACCUU